CACGAGAUGCCACCAGACUUCACCUCCGCGCUGCGGGAUGCUGCGGGGAGAGGGUUGAAAAUUUGUAGAGUCCUGAGGCGUGCAGACUGAAAAAGACUGUCCUCUCUCACUGACAGUCUCCACCAUGAUUCAUAGCCUUUUCUUGAUCAACUCCUCUGGAGAUAUUUUCCUGGAGAAACAUUGGAAAAGCGUGGUCAGCCGUUCUGUUUGUGAUUACUUUUUUGAGGCACAAGAGAGAGCCACUGAGGCAGAAAACGUACCGCCUGUUAUCCCUACCCCUCACCACUACCUCUUAAGUGUAUACCGGCACAAGAUCUUUUUUGUGGCUGUGAUCCAGACAGAGGUUCCACCUCUGUUUGUCAUUGAGUUCCUUCACCGGGUAGUGGACACAUUUCAGGAUUAUUUUGGAGUCUGUUCAGAGCCAGUGAUCAAAGACAAUGUGGUUGUGGUUUAUGAAGUACUGGAAGAGAUGCUUGAUAAUGGGUUUCCAUUAGCUACCGAAUCAAACAUCCUCAAAGAACUGAUAAAGCCUCCCACUAUCCUCCGAACAGUUGUCAACACCAUAACAGGAAGCACCAAUGUGGGUGACCAGCUUCCCACUGGGCAGCUGUCAGUGGUGCCGUGGCGACGGACUGGGGUGAAAUACACCAACAAUGAGGCCUAUUUUGAUGUGAUUGAAGAGAUUGAUGCCAUCAUUGAUAAAUCAGGUUCCACAAUUACCGCUGAAAUCCAGGGGGUGAUUGAUGCUUGUGUCAAACUGACUGGAAUGCCAGACCUUACCCUUUCCUUCAUGAACCCCAGGUUGCUGGAUGAUGUCAGCUUCCAUCCUUGUGUUCGUUUCAAGCGCUGGGAAUCUGAGCGCAUCCUCUCCUUCAUCCCUCCUGAUGGAAACUUUCGCCUGCUCUCUUACCAUGUCAGUGCCCAGAAUCUGGUGGCGAUUCCGGUGUAUGUCAAACAUAACAUCAGUUUCCGGGACAGCAGUUCCCUUGGACGCUUUGAAAUAACCGUGGGACCUAAGCAGACCAUGGGGAAGAUCGUCGAGGGAGUGACUGUCACCAGCCAGAUGCCCAAAGGGGUCUUGAAUAUGAGCCUCACUCCAUCUCAGGGGACACACACAUUUGACCCGGUUACUAAGAUGCUGUCUUGGGAUGUCGGAAAAAUAAAUCCCCAAAAGUUGCCAAGUUUGAAGGGGACCAUGAGUCUUCAGGCUGGAGCUUCCAAACCAGAUGAGAACCCCACCAUUAACCUGCAGUUUAAAAUCCAGCAGCUGGCCAUUUCUGGACUCAAAGUGAACCGCCUGGAUAUGUAUGGAGAGAAGUACAAACCCUUUAAGGGCAUAAAAUACAUGACCAAAGCUGGAAAGUUCCAAGUCCGAACCUGAAGGGAGAGUUUUGCAAAGGGAACAGUACAGACACUUUUUCAUUUCUUACUUGUCUAAAAGUGUAAAACAGUAUCAGCCUGCCUCCUAGGUCAGUCCCCUUCUGGACCUACCUGCUCCCAUUUUCCCUUAGCCUUCAGUGCCACGGAACUAAUCAAGGGAGAAAAGGGUCGCCGGGGAGGAUGGGACAGAACUGAAACACAAUCAGCACCAUCUCAGUUCUUAAAGAGCUGGGCGAUGGAGGCCAGGGGUACUUGAUACCGUAUUUAACUAUUUUAAUGUGGUUACCAUAGGAAAACACUAGCAUCUGUUACUUGCUUGGCUUUAAUUAUCUAAAGCCAAUGAAAAACUUCUUUGUUAUUGUUUUUUAAGGUGGAAAGAAAGAGAGAGAGAGAAAGAGGAAGAGAAAGGGAGGGAGAAAAAAGGAGGGUAG